UAAGAGGGAAAAAGUCCGAGAAGAAAGGAGCAAUGAGGAUUUUGGGGGAGUCUUCUUGGUGUUUCUGUAAUGGAGGUGGGAGGUCUGAGAGGAUGAAAAGCAGCAUUUUCUGCAAUAAAGGUGCCGCUAUGGCGAGGGUAGGUUGUGGGACUGGGUUUCUCAUCCAUAAGAACUUGUUGUUAUCUACCCACGUGAACCUUCCUUCAGUGUCGGCAGGUGAUGGGUUGGAGAUCCGGUUGCAGGACCGUGUUGCUGCAAAGCUUUUUCCUCACAGGUUUUUCAUUACCAGCUCUGUUCUUGAUCUUACCAUUGUGGGUAUAGAUGCCAUUGAUGGAGAUUCAAACGCCCAAGGGCAUCAGCCUCAGUGUUUGAAGACCUGCUCAAAUCCAACUCUUGAUUUGGGCAGUGUAGUUUAUCUUCUAGGCUACACAGACAAAAAGGAACUGAAAGUGGGUGAGGGAAAGGUGGUGAUAGCCACUGAUAAUCUCAUAAAAGUAUCAACCGAUGGAAUAACUUGGAGCCCUGGGUCUGCUGGUUUUGAUGCCCAAGGUAAUCUUGCCUUCAUGGUAUGUGAUCCUAUGAAGCUUGCUACAUCUCCAACUGUCAAGUCUACACCAACCUUAUCAUCUUCAUCAUCAUCAUGGAAGAAAGACCUUCCAGUGCAAUUUGGCAUCCCCAUUCCCAUUAUCUGUGAUUGGUUAAACCAGCAUUGGGAGGGCAGCUUGGAUGAGCUUAACAAGCCAAAGUUACCACUAAUUCGGUUGAUGUCCACAGGACAGAAGAGUGAACAUUCUUGUGCUUCCUUCACAAUGCGACAAGUAUUCAAAUCAACAGAAGGUGAAAAUGAUAACACCCCAUCUUCUUCAAAUAUUAUAUCAGGACAACAGGAUCACCCAGGACCAAGCUGUUCUGCUGCUGCAAAUGUAUGCCAAGUGGAGAACUCUGUUACUGGCUUGCGUUCUACUAUUCAUGAGCAAGGGAUUCCAACACCUGAGAUUUAUGAAUCCCCAAGAUUGACCUCAGUUCCUUUUCGAAAGAAGGAAAACACCCAAAUCCAGCUUCUAGAUAUUAAUUUCCCACCAAGUGCUCCCAAAGCUAUAGUCUUGCCACGGGUCACUAAAAGGUUUCCACCAAGCUCUGAUGGAAAUUCUGUUGGGGAACUUGCUUUGCAAAAUUCAUUGAAAGAAGACAACCCAAUUGGGAAUAGAGGAGCCCCCAAUCCUGGUGGAGAUGCUGAAUUAUCAAUUGGUUCCAUUAAUGGGGACCACAGUGAAGUCCAGUCCAGUUCAUCUCCAAUAGGGGUCUCAGAGUGGCAGAAUGAAGAGCAUGGAUUCCAUGCUGAAUAUAGCAGCGAGGGAGAGACCAUGUACUCAGCUGAAACAGCAGAGAGCCGGAACUACCCUAGUCCUAAGGUGGAAAAGUUUCAACCAGUGUUGAGGACCCACAGCUGUGGAACUUACAACAGAUGGGAUACCACUCAAAGAAAUCCAGUUGCACGCAGGGCAUCAUUGGAUAAUCAACAGAGCUUCAUCCGGGGAAGGAAAAUGCAUUCACAGGGAGCAACACCUCAGAGGGGCAAUGAUUACUUCAACCCCACUGUUUCCUCAAUCAUGAAGAAGCGUAGCAAUUCAGAGCAGCUGAACAAACCCUGCCAUAGUGCAGUUCACUCGUCUCCAAGAUGGAUGUUUUGAUCAAACCUCAUACUGUAUAACAACUGGGAAGAAUUGAGGAAAUCAUCAAAGAGUCCUCCUCUAGUAUCCAUCUGGCAUAAUGGAAAUUCAUGCCAACCUGCUCUGUUUUUACUUAAUAGUCAAGCUGAUUUUUUAAUUUUAUGUGCAGAACAGUAGAUAAAUAAACAAAUUUUGCUCAGGAGAGGUAUCAUCU